AUGCAAGCUCUUUCAGGCCUGCUUUUAUUUGGCUACUCCUUUGGUCUCGUGGUCGGAGCUUAUGGAUGCCAAACAGAUGAUGACUGUAGUCUGAACGGCAUUUGCGGACAAGACUCAGCCUGUAUCUGUGACAAAGGGUGGCGUUCCGGCGACUGCAGCGAGCUGGAUUUGCAGCCAGUUGAGCGUUGGACGGGGUACAACCACACGAACGCAACAGGAUCAGGUUUCUACAAGGAGGGCGCCGGAAACUCUUCCUGGGGAGGCCACAUCAUCCAAGACCGCGCAGACAAGGGCCUCUUUCAUCUCAUUACGUCGCAAAUGUCACACGGCUGUGGCCUCUCUGGCUGGCGGCCUUUCAGCACCAUCAUCAGAGCCGAGUCUCACACGGGGCCAAGAGGCCCGUACAACUACGCUCAAACAUUGUUCAGCACUUUCCACCACAACCCGACAACUAUUUGGAGCCAAGCCGAUGAGAAGUUCUUGAUUUACUUCAUUGGCAAGGAUGUCGAGGUCGGUGACGUCUGCAAGUCCCAGAAAUGGAACAAUACGAUAUCAGUUUCCUCGUCGCCGGAUCUCAGAGAAUGGACGACGCCCAUUCCGCAAGUUAUCAAUGUCACGAAUCCUGCACCGUGGCCGCUAUGGACAGAUCAGAAUCCCACCCAUGAAAUUUUACUCGCCGUGGAGAAGAACAAUAUCUACCACGCAGACAACUUCUCUGCACCCCACGAACUUGUCGUCGAACCGCGAAACACGGAACGCAGUGAGGAUCCAUUCCUUUGGAGAGAUAAACGAGGCCACUGGCAUAUUCUGGUCCACCACAUGAUCGAUAUUGCGGAAGGGAGAAAAGGGCCACGUGUUGGAGCGCAUGCUUAUGCUCGCAAUUGGGAGGGCCCUUGGGCUUACAACAACAAUACCCUGACUUACAACACGACUGUUGAGUUUACCGAUGGUGUCAAGUUAGACUACUAUCGCCGGGAGAGACCAAAGUUGUACUUCAGCGAUGAUGGGCAGAUGACCCCGCUUUACCUGCUCAAUGGAGUGCAGGAGUUCAAUAAGUCGGGAAGCUAUACCUUGAUUCAACCGAUUGGCAAAGAAGCAGAGGCUUUUGAAAGGAGUCUUGGGAUAGAUUGA